ACAUUGUAGUGUCGGUAAAAUGUACAUAUCACGCAAACAACAUGGCUGACAAAGUUGCGGAUGAGUCUGAAAGUGAUCAACUGUUUGACUUGGUAACUUUAAAAAACACGAAACUUAUUGUUUGUAAAAUAUGCGGUAGUAAAAUUUUGAGGCAAAAUACUUGCAGCAUCGCUAAAAACGAGUUUCCAUUGCCAUAUAUGAAAUCAAAAGAUAAGGAUGGAAACAGCUUGAAUGAUAAGCUAGAAAAUACAAGUCGGUAUUGGUUAGUUGAAGAUAUGAUGACAUUUGAAAAUGUUGGCUUCUCAAAAACUGUCAAUGGUAUUAAGUAUUUAGUAUGUGCAGAUUGUGAAAUUGGUCCCAUUGGUUAUCAAGAUACUAAGAAUUUAAAAUAUUUAUAUGUAGCAGUUAGUAGGGUAAAGUACACAUGACUGUAUCUACAUGUUUAGUUUUUUUAAUAUUAUAUUAUAUAAAAUACAUUGUU